UGUCGCGCGCCUUUCCCGCCUUCGCCAAUUAACACGCGCCGUAUCCGCGGGACGCAAAGAUUUGUGAGAUCCCAUCUGUCAACAUGCAGCAGCCUCAGCCAGAUCCUACCCCAGUGGAGCCCACCAAAAUGGGCGUGGGACGGGCUAUUGCCGUGUUGACAUCUGGGGGGGAUGCCCAAGGUAUGAAUGCUGCCGUGAGGGCCACAGUCAGAGUGGGCCUUUAUACUGGCGCGAAGGUCUUUUUUGUUCAUGAGGGCUACCAGGGGCUGGUUGAUGGAGGUGACAAUAUCCGCCCUGCCACCUGGGAAAGUGUGUCCAUGAUGCUCCAGCUGGGUGGUACUGUUAUUGGCAGCGCACGUUGCCAGGAAUUCCGCACAAAAGAGGGCCGUGCCAAGGCAGCGUGCAACCUGGUAAAGCUGGGCAUCACCAACCUGUGUGUCAUUGGCGGUGACGGUAGCCUGACGGGGGCCAAUCAGUUCCGCAAUGAGUGGAGUGAGCUGCUGGCUGAACUCGUCCACGCUGGUAAGAUCACAUCUGAUGAGGCCAAGAAAUCCUCCCACCUCAACAUCGUGGGCAUGGUGGGGUCCAUUGACAAUGACUUCUGUGGAACGGACAUGACCAUCGGCACUGAUUCCGCCCUACAUCGCAUCAUGGAGGUAGUGGAUGCCAUCACCACAACUGCACAGAGUCAUCAGAGGACCUUUAUUCUGGAGGUCAUGGGUCGACACUGCGGGUACCUGGCUCUAGUGACCGCUUUGGCCUGCGGUGCUGACUGGGUGUUCAUCCCAGAGAUGCCCCCAGAGGAGAAAUGGGAGGACCACUUGUGCAGGAGGCUGGCUGAGACCAGGAGGAGUUCCCGACUCAAUGUGAUCAUAGUGGCUGAGGGUGCCAUGGACAAGAACGGGAAACCCAUCACCUCGAACCAGAUCAAACACCUUGUAUCGGAGAGGCUGGGCUACGACACUCGCGCCACAGUCCUUGGCCACGUGCAGAGAGGAGGCACCCCGUCAGCUUUCGACCGAAUCCUUGGCAGCAGAAUGGGGGUGGAGGCAGUGAUGGCUCUUCUGGAAGCUACACCUGACACCCCGGCGUGUGUGGUGAGCCUCUCUGGGAACACGGCCGUUCGACUGCCCCUUAUGGAAUGCGUGCAAGUGACGAAAGAUGUGAGCAAAGCGAUGGCCGAAGGCCGAUAUGAAGAUGCGGUCAAACUCAGGGGAAAGAGCUUCGAAAACAACUGGAACACCUACAAAUUGCUGGCUCAUAUGCACCCCCCAGAUGUCAAAAGCAACGUCAGCGUGGCCAUCCUGAACGUGGGAGCCCCCUGUGCAGGAAUGAACGCCGCUGUGCGCUCGGCCGUCAGGAUCGGAAUCACCCAGGGUCACCACAUGCUGGCCGUCCAUGAUGGGUUCGAGGGGCUUGCCCAGGGGCUGGUGAAGCCGAUCACGUGGACUGAGGUUGGGGGUUGGACAGGAAAGGGUGGCUCUAUGUUGGGCACCAAGAGAACACUGCCUGCAAAAGUUAUGGAAGAAAUCAGCUUGAACAUCGCCAAAUUCAACAUCCAUGGUCUCAUCAUUAUCGGAGGGUUUGAGGCUUUUGUUGGCGGGCUGGAGUUGUUAGCAGGCAGACAGAAAUACGAGGAGCUGUGUAUCCCAAUAGUCAUGAUCCCCGCUACUGUGUCUAACAAUGUACCUGGGUCAGACUUCAGCAUUGGAGCUGAUACAGCCCUCAACACCAUCACAUCGACCUGUGACCGGAUCAAGCAGUCGGCCGCUGGCACCAAGCGUCGCGUGUUCAUCAUUGAGACAAUGGGUGGGUACUGUGGCUAUCUGGCCACUGUGGCAGGCCUGGCUUCUGGAGCUGACGCCGCCUACAUCUUUGAGGAACAUUUCAACAUCCAUGAUCUCAAGGUAAAUGUGGAACAUCUGGUGGAGAAGAUGAAAACAACGGUGAAAAGAGGUUUGAUUCUCAGAAAUGAAAAAUGCAAUCCAAACUAUACGACUGACUUCAUCUUCAGCCUAUAUUCUGAAGAGGGGAAGGGUGUCUUUGACUGCCGCAAGAACGUGCUAGGCCACAUGCAGCAGGGUGGCACCCCCACACCUUUUGACAGGAACUUUGGCACCAAGAUGGGAGCUAAGGCUGUGCUUUGGCUGACUGACAAGCUGAAGGAGUGCUACCGACAUGGUCGCAUCUUUGCCAACACCCCAGGCUCUGCCUGUGUGCUCGGCAUGAGGAAGAGGACUCUGAUGUUCCAACCCCUCGAUGAGCUGAGGGACCAGACGGACUUUGAGCAUCGCAUCCCAAAAACAGAGUGGUGGUUGAAGCUUCGGCCCAUUAUGAAGAUCCUGGCCAAGUAUAAGAUCAACCUGGACACCUCGGAGCACGCCCACAUGGAGCACGUAAUCCAAAAGAGGAGCCCAGUCCUGAUGCCUGUUUAAGAUAUGGGAGGCAUUUUCAUGUAGCCCUGGGGUAACUUUCUCUCCCUUUCCCUUGCUCAAGGCUGGAAUCUCCUGGUUUUUCCUGUGCUUCAUCACUCUGUUUCCGAAUUCCUUACCUCCCCAUCAUAGUCACUGCCACAAAUUGUUUUACCCUACCGAUCCUCCUCUUUCCACUGUUUCCGCAAUGUCAUUCAUUAACACACAGUAUCUUCCUGAAACCAGUCCUCUUCCUCUGUCUUUCUUGCCCCUCUGUCCCAAGAGAAUGGGGGGUAAAGUGU